AUGCCUUCGCAAAAGUUAUCCAUAGAAGAACAUGGGACCUCCUCCACCAGUCUCGUAACAGACCAAGACGCCAAGUCGGAAUCUGCAGCUGUUGCCCCGCUCAGAAUCGAGAGAGUCUUUCCAAUCUGGUUACAGGUCUCGAGCAGACAAAUAGACAUAGCGCCACCUUCAUCUUCACCAUCGCGAGGGACGAACGACCAGACCCCAUUCAAGCCACCUACCAAUAGCCCGAAACCAGCUCCACGAGAAGAUGAUACACCUACAGGGUCUCCCAUUGUAUCUACCGUGCCGCCAGCGCUGACCGCCGAGACAGUCGGUGACUAUUAUGUCACCAGUAGAUUUGGGUACUUCUCCGAUGGUCGAGAGAGCGAGCCUGUGGUGAAAAGAACAGCAACGGAUCGCUGCGAGGAUGAACGAAUUCAUGUACCAGGAGCGAUCCAGCGAUUUGGAGCUCUCGUUGCCAUUAGAGAAUCCCCCAACGGGAUUUUCCUUGUCCGACUUGUCAGCGAAAAUGUCGGGAGCAUUACCGGUCUCAGGCCGCAAGCAUUAUUUGAGUUAAGAUGCUUUACUGAUAUCCUGGUUGGAUCCGACAAGAAAGAGUUUGUGAAAAGGGCUAGACUCUCUCGCUCUUGGACCCCCGAAAACGAUUUCAGAACAAAUCCAGAUGUUUUCACAAUCUCGUUGACAAGUCUGCUUGGUGCUCCCAGACCUCUCUUCUGCGCUGUACAUUUUAAUGUUGCAUCUGAUCUCAUUAUUGUCGAAUUCGAGGCAAGAAUUGAUGUUUUUCAAUCCGCCGAAUCUGUUUUCCCUGAUAAGCCUGUCUCAGCCACCAAUGACAAAGUUCCCGAGGAAAUGCAACAUCCAAGAACCACCAAAAGAAAGCUUCUCUCCCUUGAUCGCUUUCACAGAGUUAUGAUCUAUCGAUUUGAUGAGAACAAUGAUGGGAUAGUGGUAGCCGAGUACUUCCAUCCGAGAGCGACAACAGAUUCGUACCUCAAUCUCCAUUUUCCGGCAUCCGAUAUUCCUCCACAAGCGCGCGAGCUUUAUGUUAUUAAUAAGAUUCGAAUUCUUUACAAUCGAGAGGAAGAUACGGCUAGACUGUUAUGUCGCACGCUUGAAGAUGCGAAGAGCCCUCUUGAUAUGAAGCACUCGUAUUUGAGAGCCAUGUCACCAACCCACAUAAAGUACCUCCGAAAUAUGGGAGUGAUGGCAACAAUGUCGAUUUCUCUAAUGGUCGACAACAAACUUUGGGGUUUGGUAAGUUGUCACAACUAUGGAUCCGGGCUACGUGUAUCUCUACCCGUGAGGGAGUUGUGCAGAUCGAUAGGGGAAGUUUGCUCAACACAUAUUGAAAGAUUGCUCCAUGCAGCUCGUCUCAGACUCCGAAAGCCGCUGUCAGGAGCACCUAACAAGACGUCGCCUAAUGCAUUCAUUGCAGCCUCUUUUCCGGAUCUCUUAAACAUGUUCGAUGCGGAUCUUGGAUUCUUAGUAAUUGGAGGAGAGGCAAGGACUAUUGGCAAGAUUCAUGCGUACAGCGAGGCUAUUGCACUCCUUCAAUACAUCCGUCAACGAUCCUUCACGGAGGUGUUUGCGACACAGAAUGUCAACAAGGAUUGCCCAGAUAUCAUAUAUGAACCUAGGCUUGCAGUCCUCGUAGGUAUGCUGGUCAUCCCAUUAGCCGCCAAUGGCUCCGAUUUCAUCGUAUUUUUUCGGGAGACCAAAGAGAAGGAGAUAAUAUGGGCAGGAAAUCCCCAUGAAAAAGAAAAUCCAGGCAAUACAGCAUAUCUGGAACCUAGGAGCAGUUUUGCAAGAUGGACUCAGAAAGUUACUGGCACGAGUCGAGAGUGGAGUGAAGAUCAAAUCGAUUCUGCUACUACCCUAAGUACGAUGUAUGGAAGGUUUAUUGAGGUGUGGCGGCAAAAAGACUCCAUUGUUCAAAGGAAUCGUAUGACGCGUCUCCUGAUCAAAAAUGCUGGGCAUGAAGUACGAACUCCCUUGAAUAGCAUCAUAAAUUACUUGGAAGUAGCUCUUGAAGGGCCUUUGGACGAUCUAGCACGACAUCAGAUACAGUGCUCAUUGCAAGCUUCAAGAUCGCUGGUUUUUGCGGCAAAUAACCUUUUGAGUCUCACUGAAGCUGAAGAGAUAGAUUUCAAAGACCACGAAGAAGACGUCGACUUGAGAAGGAUCAUUUCUGAUUUAAGUGAAGCGUUCAAAGAAGGGGGUGCACACAGAAAGUUGGAAAUCAAUGAUGAUGAAGCCAUUCCAGAAUAUGUUCGUUGCGACCCAUCAGGCUUGAGACAGGUGCUAUCAAAUCUAGUAACCAACUCGAUCGAACAUAGCUCUGGCAAGUUGAUUCAAAUCGGACUUCGGCACCUCAACACAGCAGAGUCUCAUGAAUUGAUUGAGAUAUUUUUCCAAGAUGAAGGCAAAGGAUUGUCCGAGAAGGAACUUGACAGCAUCUUCCAAGACCUCGAGCAAAUUUUAGAUGAAGAUGAAAGCCAGCCGCUUGACGCCGGAAUAGGGUUGGAAACACAACGACCAACAUCUAUUGGCUUGGGUUUAGCUCUCACAGCAAGGUUCGUUCGCCUCAAUUUGGGUCAAAUCAGCAUGUCAUCAGAACCUGGAAGAGGGACGAGAGUUUCAAUCAAAAUCCCCUUUCGCAAAGCGCUAUCCCAGAACACUCCGAUAGGUCUUUCACUCCCAACUUCUCUGGGUGGUAUUCCUAGCAGACCUUUUCCAACGACUGAGAGAGGAUCACGACGAUCUGCCCACCCAGGCAAGAUUGACAUCACCACAGCCCCAAUAUUCACAGCUUCUACGGACAACAACUCAGCAUCCGAAAUUCCUACCACAACACCGCCUACAUCUUCCGAUAACCCGAGCAGUCACUCAUCCACUCGCUAUCCAUUCCCAGAAGUACUCGUCCACCACCCAAGAUUCCGCGUCUUGGUAGCUGAAGACAACCCGCUGAAUAGUCGUCUCUUGGAAACCCGGUUGAAAAAACGAGGCCACACUGUGAAAGUGACGGUUGAUGGACAACAAUGCGCAGACAUAUACGAGCGGGAUCCCGCGGCCUAUGAUCUUAUCCUCAUGGAUUUACAGAUGCCCCUCGUAAACGGCGCCGCCUCAACGCGUCUGAUCCGCGCCUUCGAGAAAUCUACCCGCCCAAACCUAUCCCCAGCUGCCCACUCCUACGGCCGCAUCCCCAUAAUCGCCGUCUCGGCCUCGCUCUCCGAGUCGUCGCUCAAGGACUACCUAAUGACUGGCUUCGAUGGCUGGAUACUGAAGCCGAUUGAUUUUUCUAGGCUCGAGAUUAUGAUGGCGGCUACGCGGGAUGAGGCGAUGAGAAGGGGGUUGAGGUAUGGGAAUGAAAGUUGGGAUAUGGGGGGUUGGUUAGGAGGGGGUGGAAGUGAGAGUGAGGGCGGGGUUGAGACGCCGCGGCAGAAAUGA